CAGCCGAGUCCUCCCCUCGCCUCCCCGAGGUAGAUGCCAGUUUGCAAUGGGUCUUAAAACCAUCUGGAAGGACUACAAAGUUCUGAUUGUUAUGGGAACUAGCCUUGGGCUGGUGCACUGGGGGUGGUUUUACAUCAAGUCCAGUCCUAUUUUCCAAGUGAAGACAGAGGACUUUGUUCCAGAACCUGGGAUUGUGGCAUACGUGAUGCAACGCGAUCACAAAAAUAAAGAAAAAUAGCAUUAGUGCUAUAUAUUGUGGGUAUAACUAGCUUUGAAGCUUUUCAUCUGUGAGUGUUGC